AGAUACGCGAUCGAUGGCAAGGUGUUUUAUCUUCGUGGCCGAGAGAUUGGCGCCGGAGGUUGGGCCGUCGCGUACAAGGUGUACAGGAUGCAGGACAGGAGUGUCAUUUGUGGCAAGGUGAUACAACACACGCGCAACCCCAAAGUUGCGGUGGAAAUGGUCCAGAAGUUGAAACACGAGGGCAAGGUCCUUGGGAGGCAAUCCCAUGACCAUCUGUUAAAAUACAUGGGGUUUUUCGAAGACAAGAGCGACCCUAAAAAGGCGAUGUUGCUGACGGAGUUCUGCAAUGGUGGAAACCUGGACGAAUUCAUCCAUCACCACGCUGUCGGGGGCAUGAAGCCUGAGGACAUUGUUCGCUCUCUGCACCAGGUGAGCUCGGCCCUCGAAUACCUACACCAGGGAUCGCUUUUCCACACGGACGUCAAGCCCAAGAACAUCUUCAUCCGCUGUGUCAAGCCCUUUGACGUGGUACUCGGCGACUGCGCGGAUAUCCAGCCCCGCUCAUACAAGGGAAAGCUCCUCGGAACGAGGCUGUUCCACUCUCCGCAGAUCGUCCAGAGGCGAGCGAACUGCGGUCCAAGCGACGAUGUCUGGGCUCUGGGAAUCUCGGCGCUCGCCAUGAUCGACAUGUCACCCAAGGUCAUGUACAACGUUCAGGGCCCCAAGCGGAAGGACGUGAACGUGGAUUACGACGAGUACCCAGCACGAUGUGGCACUCAUGCCCUAAGCCUGCGGCAGGUUAACAAAGGGAAUGCACUGGUCACGGCCAUCCAGAAGAUGUUGGAGCUGGAGACGGCGAAGCGCUUCAGGGCGAUCAAUGUGAGGCGGGCCAUGGAGGGGCAGCUUGACAAAUGGGAGGGGAAGACCCUGAACAUCACCCCUCCUGAGGGGUUCCAGCAGGUCGAGUUCUGGUGAGCGGCGUCGGCCCUCGAAGCCCUGCAACUUGUGCCGGAGAAUUCUUGACUAUCGGGCUCCUUGUAUUGUGUAUUCUCCGAUGACACUGUACCUUCCGGUAGACUGGACACAUGUAGGCUUCGGCUUGCUCUAUGUGGAAGAUCACGAGAUUCGCACAAUCUGGUGCAAGUGACGCCAUCGCCAGAUCAGGCUUGGCGUUACUACAGAGCCCACAAGGACGAAAAUGACUAAUCCAGAUC